CUUGGGUUAACCUUUAGAAAGGACCAGAAGACCAUCCCCUGGAAUGACCAGGACCAGAGGGAGUCUGAGGGACCAGACGGGCACUAAGUUCAAGAUUCAUUAGCCCAGUGAGGUGGUGCCGGGGCCUCACGAUGCCAGUGUGCCCGAUGUCCAUGGAGUUCCUCAAGGCCUCACACUUCACUCUGGGCUCCGAUCCACGGCUGAUCGAAGGUAGUAUGCAGUGCACGACGCACCGGGACUUCCCGGCCUAUUUCUCCGCCACCCCGGAGCGGCUCCCAGUUUCGCCAACGCACUCCACAGUCUUCCAAAAGGAAACACGCUGGGACUCCGAGGAGCGCGUGUCGGAGAUGCACCGCGCGUUCUCACCGCCGUCUGAGUCGCCGCGGCUGGAGGAGCUGCGGGAGCAGACAAUGGAGCGCGCGCGAGCCAUGCAGAUCAGCAACCUGCACGUGCACGCGGACGUGCGCCCUCGCCUCAACCUGUCCACGGCACGCGCGGACUACCGCUGGCCGGAGCUGCCGCCGCACGGCCGCGAAGACAUCCGAGGCGCGCGCCUCAUCUUCGACCGCGACUCGGUGCCCUCAGGCGACAGGGAGCAGCUGCGCAUCCCGGCCACCUCCUACAAGGCGCACUACCUGCCGUACGCCGCCGCCGCUCAGCCCCGUGUGCCCAGCAGCCACCUGGGGGGCCGCAACCCCCUGAAAUGGAACUACAAGGGACAGGACGACACCACCUACCAGAAUCACUUCCAGGCCCUCCCAGGUCCUCCUGCCUUGAUGUGUAAGAGGGCCUCCUCCAGUGUGAGCCUAGGAGACCCCCAGACUGGCUUCAACACCCUGUGCUCAUACACGAAACAAACCUACAUGCCUCAGGAGCUGCCACCAGACAGGUAUGACAAGGCCCAGACGGCAGCCCACAUCCACCAGGUGAGCAUUAGUCCUGGAGACCGCCUGUUCCAUGACAGGACCACCAUGAAUGACCACUUCUACCCCCGAGAGCCAGAGCCUUUUGUUCUUCACCACGAUAAGACCCCGGAGUCACACAUCCUGAAAGGAAACUGGUGCCCUGGCCCUGGCAGCCUGGCUACCUCCACAAAGCUCUUCUAUGGUGAGCCGCCUCCUGUGACUCAGCCUCCAAGCCGACACGUGUCCCAUGAGAAACUGAAGGAUCAUGUGACCCUGGGAGAAGCAAAGCUGCUGGGAGACUUCUUCCAAACCUCCACGGGCUCAGCCUACUGCCCUCCGGAUACCAAACCAAUACAGAGAGCCCUUAACCUUUCCUUGUUACAGAGUAACCUGCCUGAGGGCACAGGUGAAUCUGAUUUUUUAACCAUGAACCAAAAGAUGCUGAAGCCUCAUGGAAUAGUUCGAGCUGCCAUCACGGAAGAACUGUUACAGAAGUGCAAAUACAGCCACAUAGAGCCCCAGCUGGGUGGACAGCGCUUCUUCUCUACGCACUAUCAAGACCAGUUUCCUUUCAAGUACCAAGGCCCACUGGUAAAGACGCAAAGUAACAUUCAGGAGAGCCAUGUGCCGAUGGGCACGCCCCAGAAGUUCGGCUGCUGGGGACAGAGAGUAGACCCUCAGGGUCCCCAGCUCCCUAUGUACCCUUGCCCGAGCAAGCAAUAAAUAUCACUUGAUUGUCAACUUGA